GUACAGAAAUGGCUUAACGUCGUUGAUCCAACUUCCGAUUAUUCAUCCGCGCGCGAGCUUCGUGAACCUGGUACGGGAAGUUGGCUGCUCGAGGGACGCGAGUAUAUGAAUUGGAAGGAAGGUCAAAGAGGACUUCUCUGGCUUCACGGUAUACGUGAGUUUACACACUGGUUCAAAUCUUAUGCUCCAAGGAUGGUCAUUAAUAUUUGUCUCUUGUAGCCGGAUGUGGAAAAAGUGUGCUAAGGUGCGAACUCAACUGGGUAUCCAAGGGCACAUUAUGACUUCCUGAUUGCUAACUCUCUCUUUAGCGCUACCGUUAUUAAGGAUGUUGAAAAUCUCUGCGAGUCGAAGGACGAUCACGCAUUGGCCUAUUUCUACUUUACCUUCAGUGAUUCGGAGAAGCAAAAUUUGGUGAAUAUGCUUUUAUCCAUCAUUGGCCAACUUCCAAAAAGGCCCUCGGAGCGGGGUUUGCCACGCGAGGUUGUUGAUCUGUACAAAAGCACUGGGGCAGUUAGAAAGUCGGCGGAAAUCAAGGAACUGAAAAAAGUACUGUCGCAGAUUAUAAAGGGUUUCGGGAGGACCUUUAUCAUUUUAGAUGCCUUGGACGAGGUCCCAACGAGAGUACGCGACAGUCUGCUUAGUUUGAUUGGCGAGCUCAAGGCGGAUCACAAUGCGGGAUCGCUUUCGAUUCUCGUCACUAGCCGUCCCGAGGCCGAUAUAGUGGGGUCACUGGAACAACUUAAUGGGUUUUCAAUAUCGCUACAAUCCAGCACUAUCGAUCCGGAUAUCCGCACAUAUAUACGGAACUCUCUCGCCAGCAAGGAUGGUAUUCGGAAGUUUCCACAAGAAAUCGAAUGUGAGAUAGAGGAAACGCUAGUUGCGGGUUCACAGGGAAUGUGUGUUAUGCCCGAUCACUGAAUUUCCACUUAUGCUAAUAUUGUGGCGCGUGUUUCCAGGUUCCGAUGGGUAGAUUGUCUCCUGAGAAUUCUGGAAGAAUGCAUAACACCAAAAUCUGUGCGGCAUGCACUGAAGGAGCUCCCGAAAGACUUAGACUCUAUCUACGAGAGGAUCCUCGAUACCGUUCCGGAGAAGCAGAAAGAAUAUAUUCGGCGAGCGAUGAAUUGGCUGGCGUUUUCGGCAGAACCAUUGACAUUAGGCCAGCUGGCUGAGGCCAUUGUUCUAGAAUACGAUGUCGACAAGUAUGGCGAGGAUUCGGAAAAUCUUUUUGACACGAGCUCCGUGAUGAGAAUUUGCCCUAGCCUUAUUUCAUUCGAAGACACCAGGGAUAGCGAAACCUCCACCCGGGAAAGCCGACGACUACGACUCGCACAUUUCUCGGUAAAGGAAUAUUUGAUCUCAGACCGG